CCGGACCUCGCCCCUGCGGCGCGCGCUUCCUGAGAUCAGGUGGGAGGAAGCGGCCGCCCGUGGACGCCAAGGCCCGCGAACCGUGCGCGCAGGUCCAGUCCCGCAGGAAGUCCCAGCUCCCAGGAGGAUGGUGAGGAUCUUGGCCAAUGGGGAGAUUGUCCAAGAUGACGACCCCCGGGUGAGGAACACCACCCAACAGAGGAGUAGCAGUCCUCGGCAGGGCUUUUUCAACAGAGGUCAUGGUGGACCUCCAGGGGGCCCUGGACCCCGCCAGCAGCAAGCUGGUGCCAGGCUAGGUGCCGCCCAGUCUCCCUUCAAUGACCUGAACCGACAGCUGGUGAACAUGGGCUUCCCACAGUGGCAUCUCGGGAACCACGUGGUGGAGCCCGUGACCUCCAUUCUCUUGCUUUUCCUGCUCAUGAUGCUCGGGGUUCGUGGCCUCCUGCUGGUGGGCCUGGUCUACCUGGUGUCCCACCUGAGCCAGCGGUGACCUCUGAGGGUCUCAGGAGGGCGGGAGUGCUCAUUAGGAGGGCUGGGCUUUGGUGUGAGACGGGUGGUGGAGGAGGGAGCAUGGGAGUGCUCGGAAGUAUGAGUCGAGAUAGGACCACGGGUGUGGAUUCCCCCACUGUGUGAAAUAGGAGACAGAGGGACUCCGGACCAGCAUCGCCAAGAAUACAGAGUCCUCUGGUUUUCCUGGAAGGCUUUUAGGGGCAUAGGGCCUCCGCUAAGAACCACAAGCCCAGGGUAAGACAGGCUUAGUAUGUUGUAGUUCCCCCCCCCCCCCAAGGAGCAGAACUGGAGCUCAGAGCAGCUAGGAAUUGUCC